AUGGCAUCAAACCAACCCGUCGGCGCAGCCGGACCCCUGCCCGCCAUGCAAGAGCUCUCCCCGACAACGUUCCUCUACGACCCGCCCUCGGCGGUGCCGGACCCGAACUCACCCAAGCUCAUCGCCAUCUUCAGCUGGAUGUCGGCCCAGGACGUCCACAUUGCAAAAUACACGUCGCGCUACAUGGCCCUCUACCCGUCCGCCAGCAUCCUCCUCGUCAAGUGCCCCUUUGUCCACACCCUCUCCACCCGCAUCUCCAAGCGCCAGAUCAAGCCAGCUGUGCCCAUCAUCCGGACCCUGGCCGACUCCACCCUAGCCUCCGAGGCGCGGCCCCAGCUGCUGCUCCACGUCUUCUCCAACGGCGGCGCCACCAACUUUGCAAAGUUCCUGGAGAUGUACGCCGACGCGGACCGUGCGGACCGGUUGGCGCUGCCGCCGCAUGUCACCCUUUACGACUCCUGUCCUGGAGGGUUCCAUUGGAUGCGAAGCUACCGCGCCAUCUCGGCCUCGAUGCCGAGGAUCCUUGCGCCGCUGGCGCAUGUCUUCAUCGGCUGGUUCUGGCUGUUCCACGUCCCGUUUGGGAGGGUCGGCUUCUUUGGAAAGAUGUGGGCUGCCUUGCGACAGAAGGCGCUGCUGGCAAGCGAGAGGCGGCGGGCAUAUCUGUAUAGCAAAGAGGACGAGAUGAUUCACUGGUCCGACGUCGAAAGGCACGCGAAGGAGUCCAAGGAGGUCGGCUUCCAGGUCAGGGCCGAGAGAUUUGACGGAAGCCAGCAUGUCGCGCAUGCGAAGCUGAACCCGUCGAGGUACUGGAGCGUGGUUAAGGAGUUGUGGGACGAGGAUUUGAAGAAGAUCGAGCCACCAGCAAAGCCUGCUCAGGAUCCUACCCCGGAGCCGCCAAAGGCGGCACCAGAGCCUGAAGCACCCAAGGUCGCUCUUGAACAGCCAAAGAUCACGCUGGAACCUGAAGCGCCAAAGGCGGCACCGCCGAUGCCUGCUCUGGAACCGGUCAAGUCUACGCCGGAGCCCGAAGCUCCAAAAGCUGCCACGGCACCGCCGCCAGAAGUGAAGCCGCCCAGGCCGAAGAAGGCGCCGACGCCCCCUCCGACCAUUCAGUGA